AUGGAGGAGAUCAAAUACAAGGAAGGGGUCCUGCGUACGGUGUCCAUCUACCCCUUGGAGCCAAAGAAGAAAGGCUUCUUAAAACUAUUUGUUUCGAAAGUGCGGACUCGUCAUCCGCCAGUAUCUUCUCCAGAUAGGGACAUCGUCUAUCCGCAGCUUCCGACCUCUAGCAACUGGACAUCCUUACCUCGGGAAAGCUCCCCGGUGUCGGAGACCGAAGAGCGACUCCCCGCACUUCAGGCAGAAACCAUACACAUUCACAACGCUAGUUCAGUCGCACCAAACAAGGAGAUAGGCAGUCGAUCUGCCAAGCCUGCUUCGGCAAUUUCACCAGGGUCGGAGUCAGGCACUAACGCAGUAACCGGUGAUACUCGGAUAGAGCUCACUGGAAAGAAUACUGCAGACUCGAAUUCCGAGCAUGAAAGUCGUUCAGCGCAACUCCAAGGCGAUGAAGGGGUACAGGCACUCGACACCAUUCAGGUCGAGCUGGACCCAACUGAAGAGCAUACAGGCUUGACUAGCGCGGACCCUCAUUUUCAAUCUACAGAGGAACAACCUGCUGUCGUUCCUACCCGCCCAGAAGAGGUCUUUGACUUUACUUCCAUUUCCUUCGUUGAUGACAUGCAAAUCUCCAAAAGGGAAUCCGACAGGUGGUUCAAUACCUGGAUGGCGAAGGUUGAAAGGUUCCUCUUCCAAUUCAGACGAACGCCUCCUGAUCCGGCCCAUAUAGCGAUUCAGUAUUCCAUCAAUACCUGGAAGGUGGACAUAAUAUGCAUGGCCUUUUCCUUCUCCGACUACCAGAGAGACAUACACGAUGCUAUACGGCAGGCACGUGUCACAUUGGAUAAUAACAAAACCCGCGCUGUCCUAUUUUUCGCCGCGGCAUCUAACCAUAGACACAAUGAGGAUAUCCCAGUCGGAUUUCCGGCGCGGCUGGACGAUGUCAUCGCCGCUUUCUCAUGCAAAUACAACGGGCAAAUGUCCGGUUUCAGUCCUUAUCCCGUUAGUGACAAAUUCGCUGUACCGGGGGAGGUAAUUAAAGCCGCCUUCCCUCCUGACCUCAAUAACCAGUUCCUCGAGAAGCGAUUAAGCGGCACAUCUGCCACGACGGCGAUCAUUGCUGGCAUUGCUGGUCUGGUCAUCGAGUAUGUUAAGCUUAAAGCAGACACGGCGCAGUCAGUUAGUGCCUCGGAUCAGCUUUGGUACGCCCAGGGGAUGAAAUCUGUUUUGUCGAAUUGUAUGACAACAAACCCCAAUUAUGCUCCAGGAGAUUACUUUGUUGUGAAACCAUGGCUACUAUUGUCCACAAAGCAUUCUGACCUUGAUGUUUCGAAACAAAUCACGUGGGCAUUAUGGAAGACGUUAUAG